AGGAAAGGCAACAAUCAAUUGGACUGCUACAGUGUGCCGCGCACAGGAGAGAGAGGUGACGCUCCCCAACCCACAGACACAGAGUACAAGGAGCGACGGACAGAGUACAGUUUAAUCUUCCACACCCGCUCUCUGCUAAACUUGAUCCUACUAAAGUUAGCAUUUGAAGAUGUUUAAUGGCGCUUCUUUAUACUUACUUCGAUGGGUUCUGCCUACACAAGUCCGCUUAGAUAGAACGUAGGCAUUUAUUUUAUUUUAUUCUAUUGACCAAGAAGUCUCCAGAUUCCCAGCUGCGGAGAUAUGUGCAAAAGAGGAGGCGAUCGGAGCAGUGGACGGACUGUAUUUCGUCCACAAAAGGAAAGCGUGGAAUAAACACGAAUUCAUGUGGAAUUUAUUGGAGCCCAAAGCUGGAAGGACGACUGGACACAGCGCUUCCUUAUCAGGGACUGACUGACCAUGGUCGCCGUGUUUCGUUCUCUCAUGGUACUGCUGCUGGCUCAGGUGUUGCUAGGAGGCGCUGCGGGACUUAUCCCCGAGGUCGGCCGGAGGAAGUACAGCGAGUCCGGGAAGCAGAGCCCGGAGCAGUCGGAGAACUUUCUUAACGAGUUUGAGCUGCGGCUCCUCAAUAUGUUCGGACUUAAACGGAGGCCGAACCCGAGCAGGCAGGCUGUGGUGCCCCAGUAUAUGGUGGACCUGUACCGUAUGCACUCGGUGAACGGAGACCACAGCACUAAACGGCCCCGGAGCAUGGGGAGACACGCAGAGAGAGCCGCCAGCAAGGCCAACACGAUUAGAAGCUUUCACCACGAAGAAUCCAUGGAGGCUCUGGCAAGUCUGAAGGGCAGGACCACCCAGCAGUUCUUCUUCAAUCUCACCUCCAUCCCUGGAGAAGAGCUCAUCACCUCUGCAGAGCUCCGGGUCUACAGGGACCAGGUCCUGGGGGCCACAGCAGCUCCCACCAGUAACACCAGUCACAACAGCAGUAACCGCUCCAGUACCAAUACCAGUACCAGUGUUGGUGGCAUCCAUCGUAUCAACGUGUACGAGGUGUUUGGAGCCCCUGCAUCUCCCCGUGGGGAACCCCUGACACGCCUCCUGGACACUCGGCUGGUGCAGGAUUCUCUGAGCCGCUGGGAAAGCUUCGAUGUCAGCCCCGCCGUGUCCCAGUGGUCCUCUGGGGGGAGCCACAACCACGGAUUCAUGGUGGAGGUGUUCCACCCAGACACCCAGGGGGGCGAGGAGGCCCAGAGACAGAGCAGGCACGUCAGGGUGAGCCGCUCCCUCCACGAGGACCAGGACUCAUGGCCCCAGGCUCGACCCCUGCUGGUGACCUACAGUCAUGACGGGCGGGGGAACGCGGUGCUGCACAGGGACAAGAGACAGGCAGCAGGCCACAGGAAACAGAGGAGGAAGCAUCAACACAAGGCCAACUGCCACAGACACGAACUCGACGUGGACUUCAGUGAAGUGGGCUGGAACGAGUGGAUAGUGGCGCCCCCUGGCUACCAUGCCUUCUACUGCCACGGGGUAUGUCCCUUCCCAUUGGCCGACCACCUCAACUCCACCAACCACGCCAUCGUUCAGACGCUGGUCAACUCUGUGAACUCCAACAUCCCCCGGGCGUGCUGCGUGCCCACAGAGCUCAGCCCCAUAUCACUGCUCUAUCUGGACGAGUAUGAGAAGGUCAUCCUCAAAAACUACCAAGACAUGGUGGUGGAGGGGUGUGGCUGCCGGUGAGACAUACAGAGAGAGAGAGAGAGAGAGAGAGAGAGAGAGAGAGAGAGGGAUGGGAUGAAGGGAUGGAGACUGAGAAGGACGUAGAGUGUGAGGCUAUAUGGACACCCGGUUUCCCAAUGAAAAUGUUUUAUUUAAAUGAAAGAAAAGACACAAACAGAGCUAUUUUGGGAGAAGAAGUACAAAUAACUAUAUAUGAAUAUAUUUAUGUCUAGUUAAAGUUGGGAAAAAUAAAUAUUUUACUUGGAGGAAUAAUCCUUUACUGGUUUUGAAAAUGUAUAUCUGAUGUACAUUUCGAAUUGGGUGCAAUACCACAUGAAGUAUAAUGCUCAGAUUUUUAUUUUGUAUUUAUUUCUAUUAUAACCACUUUGUUUGUAAAUAAAUCAUGUGUAUUUAUCGCGAGAAAACA